AUGACGUCCGUUUCGACGCUCGCCUCGAGCGCAUUCGCCGUCUUCGCAUUCUGGAUGGCGCGCGCGUACGUCCCCGCGGCGACCCUGUUCGCGUGGCAUCCGCUGUGCCUGAGCGCCGCGAUCGGACUGUGCGGCGCGGCGUCCGUGAUCGGCGUGCGCGUCAGGGCAUUCGCGCCUGGGCGCGAACGAGUGCGCGCGUUGUGGUGUCACCUGGCGCUGAACUCCGCGGGCGGCGCGGCGUGGGUGAUUGGAUUUUGGGCCAUUUACGCGAAUAAAAAUAAUCUAGGCAAGGCACACUUCACGAGCGCGCACGGGAAAGUCGGGGCGGCGGCCACGAUGGUCUUGGUGGCGACGUACGCGCUCGGGUUGUUUUCGUUCAACGCGCUCGGGUUGCUGACGCGACUGGAUAUGAACCGCAGAGCGAAGGACGUCAAGGCGACGCACCGCGUGGCGAGUCUCGUGGCUAUUUUCGGUGGAAUACUCGCGGCAAGCAUGCGCACGGGACACGACUCCACCGGAUUCGGCGCCGCGGGGCGGGCGGUUGCGGACGUCGCGCUGUUCGCGGGCGCCGGCGCGCUGGCUUUUUUGGCGGCGACGACGCCCGCGUGGAAAAUAGAACGUUAG